AUGACUGUGCGCGGAGGGGGCGGAGUUAACCCUUACUCUGCGACACAUGCUCAGCAUUCAGAAUCGUUUCGCACUGUCACCCUUCUCGCAACAGAUCUUGCGCCCUCGCUCUGCGACACCUAUUGAGCAAAGAAAGCCGCCAAGUCCCAGAAGCCCCGUGAUGGAGCCAAGAAGAGACACAACAAGAGAAAGGAGUCGUACUCGACCUACAUCUACCGUGUUCUCAAGCAAGUCCAUCCAGACACCGGAGUCUCGUCGAAGGCUAUGUCGAUCAUGAAUUCGUUCGUGAACGACGUUUUCGAGAGAAUCGCCGCUGAAGCUUCCCGAUUGGCCCACUACAACAAGAGAUCGACCAUCUCGUCUCGCGAAAUCCAAACCGCGGUCAGAUUGAUCUUGCCGGGAGAAUUGGCGAAACACGCCGUUUCGGAAGGAACCAAGGCUGUCACCAAGUACACCUCCAGCAAGUAA